AUGGAGAUUCGCUCCGCCCUUGUGCCCGUUCUACUGGCGGCGAUCGUGUUCCUUUGCUCGCUAUCCGAGGCGGCCUGCGACUGUGAAGAGUUCACGUGCAGUAACGGCGUGUGCGUCGCUUACGACGCGUUAUGCGAUAGGAAGGACGACUGCGGCAAUAACGAAGACGAAGACGAGUGUGUUGUCUACGGGGACUAUUGCUUCAAGCACCGUUUCACCUGCGACAACCGCACCCGCUGCAUGCCUCCUUGGUGGGUCUGCGACGGACGUCACGACUGCGAGGAUGGCUCUGACGAGAAGGAUUGUGCUGAAAAGAGAAACGCGCUGUUGUCGUCCAGCACUGCAGGUGCGACGAUGGAGUCGACAUUGACAACGCCGUCGCAGGACGUCGUCAUGGACGAAGCCGCCGGCACGACCAGGACGAGACCUCGCUUCUGCAACGUCGAAAAUGGUGACUUUCCGUGCCUCGACGGUGGGUGCCUGCUUCCGGUUCAAGUGUGCGACGGAGUGAGAGACUGCAGUGAUGGCGCUGACGAGGGUCGGUUCUGCCAGCUCGUCUGUCACGGAAGCCACCAUCAUCACGACCACCAUUACCAUAACGUCGUGAUCUAUCUGUAA